GACACAAAGACCAACGGUCUCGGAGGGCCUAAGCACAGACGAGGUGACGUUGACAGAGAAUUUAACCGCUUCGCUGGUGCUCGCCUGGAGGAUUUGCAAGGCGACAUCCCCGCUUUAUGCAAAGAUCAGCACGGUUGCCGAUACCUGCAAAAAAAACUUGAGGAAGACUCGUCUGAACAUCGGGAUAUGAUCUUCCGUGAGACAUUCUCUCACUUGUCCGAUCUGAUGACAGAUCCAUUUGGCAAUUACCUUUGUCAAAAGCUUCUCGAAUUCUCAACCGAUGAGCAGAGGACCCUCAUCUGUGAAGCCGUGGCUCAGGACCUAGUUCAAAUCUCGCUCAACAUGCACGGUACACGAGCAGUUCAGAAGAUGAUCGACUUUCUGUCAACCCAGCGUCAAAAUGAUCCUCGUUAUGAGGCUCAAAUCCGAACCAUCAUUGUGGCGUUGAGUCAGCAUGUCGUAACAUUAAUCAAGGAUCUCAACGGCAACCAUGUAGUCCAGAAGUGCUUGAAUCGCCUCGCUCCUGAGGACAAUCAAUUCAUCUAUAAUGCGGUGGCUGCGCACUGUGUUGAAGUUGCUACCCACAGACAUGGAUGUUGCGUUUUGCAACGCUGCGUCGAUCAUGCGUUGGACGCCCAGCGAGUGCAGUUGGUCACCGAGAUUACCUACAACGCGUUGACACUUGUUCAGGAUCCCUACGGCAAUUACGUGGUCCAAUACAUACUUGAUCUGAACGAUAAUCGCUUCAGUGACGCAGUCAUCCGCCAGUUCUUGGGCAAUGUAUGUGCCCUGUCUGUUCAGAAGUUUAGCUCCAAUGUGAUUGAAAAGUGCAUCCGUGUUGCGGAGCAUACUACCCGUAAAAUGAUAAUUGAGGAACUCUUGAAUCGUAAUCGACUCGAAAAGUUACUCAGGGAUUCGUUCGGGAACUAUUGUGUUCAAACUGCACUAGAUUAUGCUGAGCCCGGCCAACGGAUGAUUCUCGUCGAGGGCAUUCGUCCCAUCUUGCCCCUAAUCCGUAAUACCCCCUACGGGAAACGUAUCCAAAGCAAGCUUCAGCGCGAGCAUGUGGAAACUUACGGGGGUUACAAUCAUUCUAACCUCUCUGCGCUCUCGAAUGGGCCUCGUCACCACAUGCCCCCAUCUACCACACCCCAUCCAAGGAGUGUCACAGACCCAUAUUUCCGCACGUCACCCUAUGCGCUUGCCCAAAAUGGCGCUCCGUCUCAGCUUCACCCUGUCCCAACUAUGCAUAACCUGCAACAACAUGCAACAGAUCACGCAUUCUCCAACCAUCAAGUUAGUGGUCUUGGCCUAUCCAACCAACCUCUAUGA